AUGGACGACCAAAAAGUGCCACACACGGACGUGCCCCUGAGCCAAGCGCAUCAGUACACGCCAGGAACCACCUUCGAGCCGAUUCACAGCCCGGCGCAUGAACAAAAUGCAAGUCUCAGGACGGCCUCUGUUCACCACGACGACGAUAGCACGGUGCGAAAUUCGGAAAAAUACAGCCAGGACGACCACAGCCAUGGCGGGGUCGGGGGUGUCAAUGUGCAAAGAGCCGAGGCUGAAUUUGCCGAGCUCUCCAAAGAACUGUCACGCACCAGUAAUAUGUCGCGUCGCAUGAGCCGCGUCCAGAGCCGGAAGAGUCAAAAGGGCCGAGCCAUUGCCGACGUCGAAAAGGGUAGCGCUGGUAGCUCGACUGAGUCUGAUGAGCCCUUUGAUCUCGAGGCAGUGCUGCGUGGAGACCGAGAAGAGGAGGAAGCUGCAGGCAUCAAAUCCAAGCGCAUCGGUGUCGUAUGGGACGGCCUUUCUGUGAGCGGUAUUGGCGGCGUGAAGAACUACGUCAAGACCUUCCCCGAUGCCUUUGUCUCGUUCUUCAACGUCUUCGAGACGGCUGCGAAUCUGCUGGGAAUGGGCAAAAAGGGCAAGGAAUUCGACAUCUUGAAGGAUUUCCAUGGAGUCGCAAAGCCUGGCGAAAUGGUCCUUGUUCUUGGACGCCCCGGAAGUGGCUGUACGACUUUCCUAAAAGUCAUCUCCAACCAGAGAUAUGGAUACACAAAGGUCGAUGGAAAGGUGCUCUACGGCCCAUUCGAGUCCGACUUCUUCGAGAAGAGGUAUAGAGGAGAGGCCGUCUACUGCGAGGAAGAUGAGAAUCACCACCCCACUCUUACCGUCGGCCAAACGCUUGAUUUUGCACUCGAGACCAAGGUCCCUGGUAAGCGGCCGGCCGGCCUCUCGAGACAGGAAUUCAAGGCCAAGGUCAUCGAUCUCAUGCUUAAGAUGUUCAACAUCGAGCACACAAGAAACACAAUCGUUGGUAACCCCUUUGUGCGAGGUGUUAGUGGUGGAGAGCGAAAGCGAGUCUCGAUUGCAGAGACUAUGAUUACCGGGGCCUCCUUGAUGUCUUGGGAUAACUCGACGCGUGGGUUGGAUGCCUCCACCGCCGUCGACUACGCCCGUUCCCUCAGAGUCCUUACCAACAUCUACAAGACGACGACUUUUGUGUCGCUUUACCAGGCCUCUGAAAAAAUCUACAAGGUCUUUGACAAGGUCCUAGUCAUCGACAGCGGACGCCAAGUCUACUAUGGUCCGGCAGACGAGGCGCGCCAGUACUUUGAGGGUCUAGGUUUCCGUGAGAAACCCCGUCAGACCACCCCUGAUUACCUCACUGGAUGUACUGAUCCGUUCGAACGCGAGUUCAAGCCUGGCAUGACCGAGAAAGAAGUUCCAUCUACCCCUGAAGCGCUCGCAGAGGCCUUCAACAAGUCGCCCAAUGCUGCCAGACUGGCUGAAGAAAUGGCAGCUUACCACGCUCAGAUGGACCAAGAGAAGCACGUCUAUGACGACUUCCAGCAAGCCGUCAAGGAAAGCAAGCGCCACGCACCCCAGAAGUCUGUCUACGCUAUUCCAUUCUACCUCCAGGUUUGGGCUCUGGCGAAGCGUCAAUUUCUGCUCAAGUGGCAGGACAAGUUUGCCCUAGUCGUUUCCUGGAUUACGUCUCUAUCCAUCGCCAUCAUCACCGGUACCGUUUGGCUCGAUCUUCCCGAUACUUCUGCCGGAGCCUUUACUCGUGGAGGUGUACUGUUCAUCGCACUCUUGUUCAACGCUUUCCAGGCUUUCUCCGAAUUGGCAUCUACCAUGUUGGGUCGACCGAUCAUCAACAAACAUCGCGCUUUCACAUUCCAUCGUCCGUCCGCUCUCUGGAUCGCCCAAAUAGGUGUCGAUCUUCUGUUUGCUGCCGCUCAGAUUCUGGUAUUUUCCAUCAUCGUCUACUUCAUGACCAACCUCGUGCGAGACGCUGGCGCCUUCUUUACCUUCUUCCUCGUCAUCACGACGGGAUAUCUGGCCAUGACUCUUUUCUUCCGAACCGUUGGAUGUCUUUGUCCUGAUUUCGAUGUUGCGAUUCGAUUGGCGGCCACCAUCAUCACACUUUUCGUCCUGACAUCCGGUUAUCUCAUCCAGUGGCAAAAUGAACAAGUGUGGCUACGAUGGAUCUUCUACAUCAACGCUCUGGGUCUCGGAUUCUCGGCUCUGAUGAUGAAUGAGUUCAAGCGUGUGGAUCUCACCUGCGAAGGUGCCUCGGUCAUUCCUUCCGGCCCUGGCUAUAACGACAUCAAUUCUCAGGUCUGCACCCUUCCGGGCAGUAAGGCUGGAUCGACCAUUGUGUCUGGAAACGACUACAUCAAGACCUCGUUCUCGUGGGACCCUCAGGACCUGUGGAUGCAUUUCGGCAUCAUGAUUGCCUUGAUUGUUGCCUUUCUACUUGCCAAUGCGUUCCUUGGAGAGUUUGUCAAGUGGGGUGCGGGUGGACGUACGGUUACCUUCUUCGUCAAGGAGGACAAGGAGCUCAAAGAACUCAAUGCUAAGCUACGUGAGAAGCGUGAACGACGGAAUCGCAAGGAGGAAGGUGUCGAGGACAGUUCUGAUUUGAACAUCGAGUCCAAGGCUGUUCUUACCUGGGAAGACUUAACGUAUGACGUGCCAGUCCCUUCUGGCGAGCUUCGUCUCUUGAACAACAUUUACGGAUACGUGAAACCAGGUCAGCUUACUGCUCUCAUGGGGGCCUCGGGCGCCGGAAAGACUACCCUGCUCGAUGUUCUGGCGAAUCGCAAAAACAUUGGUGUGAUUGGCGGUGACAGGCUCGUUGAUGGAAAGGUGCCUGGUAUUGCCUUUCAGCGAGGAACUGCGUACGCUGAGCAGCUCGAUGUCCACGAACCCGCUACGACCGUUCGAGAGGCACUUCGCUUCUCCGCCGACCUCAGACAGCCAUACGAGACCCCUCAGGCCGAGAAAUAUGCUUACGUCGAAGAGGUGAUUGCACUGCUUGAAAUGGAAGACAUCGCCGAUGCUAUCAUUGGUGACCCAGAGAGUGGUCUCGCUGUUGAGCAGCGCAAGCGUGUCACCAUUGGUGUGGAGCUUGCGGCAAAGCCUGAACUUUUGCUUUUCUUGGACGAGCCUACUUCUGGUCUUGAUUCGCAGAGCGCAUUUAACAUUGUCCGUUUCCUCCGCAAACUGUCCGCCGCAGGUCAAGCUAUCCUCUGCACGAUCCAUCAGCCCAACUCGGCCCUCUUUGAAAACUUUGAUCGUCUCCUGCUCUUGCAACGCGGCGGUCAGUGUGUCUACUUUGGCGAUAUCGGGAAAGACGCCCAUGUUCUGCUCGACUACUUCCGCCGCCAUGGGGCGGAUUGUCCACCAGACGCUAACCCGGCUGAGUGGAUGUUGGAUGCCAUAGGCGCUGGGUCCGCUCCCCGUCUGGGCGACCGCGAUUGGAGUGACGUCUGGAGGGACUCGGAAGAGUUUGCGGAGGUUAAACGGCACAUCACCGAGAUGAAGACGCAACGCGCUGCUGAAGUGGGCAACGCGGAAGCAGUCGACCAGAAAGAAUACGCCACUCCCAUGUCGUAUCAGAUCAAACAGGUGGUCAAGCGACAGAACCUGUCCUUUUGGAGAACCCCCAACUAUGGCUUUACUCGCCUCUUCAACCACGUCAUCAUCGCCCUACUCACUGGUCUCAUGUACCUGCAACUUGACGACUCCCGCUCAUCUCUGCAAUACCGUGUCUUCAUCAUCUUCCAGGUCACCGUUCUUCCCGCACUGAUUCUGGCACAAGUUGAGCCCAAGUACGCUGUUCAGCGAAUGAUUAGUUUCAGGGAGCAAAUGUCCAAGGCAUACAAGACUUUCCCCUUUGCCCUCUCCAUGGUCCUUGCCGAGAUGCCUUACAGUGUGAUUUGCGCCGUUUGCUUUUUCCUCCCGCUGUACUACAUUCCCGGCCUCAAUCCCGACUCCUCGCGCGCCGGCUACCAAUUCCUCAUUGUCCUCAUCACCGAAAUCUUCUCCGUCACACUCGGUCAAGCCAUCGCCGCCCUGACCCCCUCCCCAUUCAUCGCCUCCUACGUCAAUCCCUUUAUCAUCAUCAUAUUCGCCCUCUUCUGCGGCGUCACCAUCCCCAAGCCCCAGAUUCCCAAGUUCUGGCGCGUUUGGCUGUACGAACUCAACCCCUUCACCCGUCUCAUCGGUGGCAUGGUCGUUACGGAACUUCACAACGUGCCCGUGCGCUGCACCGCUGGUGAAUUCAACCAGUUCCGGGCCCCUCAGGGUCAAGACUGCGGUUCCUACAUGAGCGACUUUUUUGCGAGUGGUGCGCCGGGAUAUCUCCUCGACAACGCGACCGAUGCAUGCAGCUACUGCGCCUUCAAAGUCGGCGACGAAUUCUACACACCGCUGGGUUAUGACUUUGUAAACCGAUGGCGCGACUUGGGUAUCUUUGCCGCUUUUAUUGCAAGUAAUUUGGCAAUUCUGUUCUUGGCGGCGAAGUAUUUGAACUUCAACCGUCGCUGA